AUGUCAGAAAAGAAAGACCUUCCAGCCUGGCAACGGCAUGCUACCGAUGCUUCUACUCAAGCUGCCAUCCAAGAACACGAUGCCAAUGUCACCGCUAUUGACCGCGUGCGCCGCUUCCUCCAGGAUCCCGCCGUCAAAGAUGCCCCGUACGAUAGGAAGAAGGCCUUCCUGCUGACCAAAGAUGUCUCAGAAGAGAUGAUAUACCAAGUCAUGGGCGAAGAGAAUGCCCAGCACAACUCAGACACAAACGGUUCCAAGGUGGCCGCACAGCAAGAGUUCCACGCCAGCAAGACCACUCCCACCACCGAUGGCUCCUCUGAGGCUGCCCAACAGGAGUUCGAUGCAACAAAGAAGGUUCCGCAACCUGAGAGCUACGUCAAAACGACAGAUGGCUCACAAGAAGCUGCCAACCAAGAGUUCGAAGCAAGCAAGAAGAACCCCCAGCCCGAAAGCUACAACAAGACAACAACCGAUGGCUCGCAAGAAGCCUCCAAACAAGAGUUCGAUGCGAGCAAGAAAAUUCCGCAGCCCGAGAGAUAUGUAAAAACAACAGACGGCUCGCAAGAGGCCGCCAACCAAGAGUUUGAUGCUUCCAAGGCCGUCUCUUUCUCUGCCGCCGACUUUCGAUCACAAGCCAAGGCCAAUGCUCCUCAGCCCCGUAGGGAUGUGCCUCCUAUCGUUACAUAUCCAGAAUUUCUCGUACAGCCUCAGAAACCCCCGCCGCUUGUUACCGUGAGCCGCCUCAUAAACGCUACAUACAUAGCCGGUGCUUUGACUGCUUCUGCUUAUGCCUUGUCGAAAUACAUCAUCGCUCCUAUGGCCGACAACCUUAAUGAUGCUCGUCACGAUCUCUUUGAGCACACAGGAAAUCACGUAUCAGGCUUCAACAACAAAUUGACUAAGCUGGUGUCUACUGUCCCUUCAUCAGCAAAAUCCCUCCCAUCUACUCCUGCUGAUCUGGCAGACUUCGAUACGGAUAGUAUUACCUCUGACCCUACUGAGCUCUUUCACCGUGAUGUCGGCACCCAGACUUCGCCUUCACUCUCUCGCCGCACAAGUAUUUCUUCCGACACUGAGGUCAUGAAGCCUGAUACAGUGCCCUUGAAGCAGGCCAAUCGUCUCGAAAUCAUGAAGUCUCACCUGUCGGAGCUCCUCGAGGGUACAGAGAACAAUGGCACAAGUAACCAGACUUUGCAAACAAGCAUUAGCGAGACCAGGCAUUACCUCGACGGCCUCUAUUAUACCCCUCCAUCGUACUCAUGGAAUGCAGACAAUUCACUCAAUGCGUCUAAUGCUUCCAAGGAUAAGCAGCCUGACGCAGCUGUGACCUUGAAGGCAGAGAUUAGAGGUGUNAAAGGUGUGCUGCUCAGCGCAAAGAGAUUUCCCUCUGUAGGCAGGGGUUGGCGCAUAGGCUAG